UGUUUUUUCUUUAUUCACAACAUUAGUAGGGGGGUAUUUUGUUUUUUUUUCUUUAUAAUCUGUUUUUCUUUAAUCUUUCUUUCUUUGCCUGGACAAUCGGGGGGAGACACAUAGCAACACGGGGAAUUUUAAAAAAGGUUCCCCAAGGUACUACGAAAGUUGAAAAGUUAGUUAUUACUAUAGACUAGAGUAACCCUGUUAAAAAUAAUGACUAAUUUACUGAAUUUUUAAAGUUUUAAUGUUAAUGGGCUUAAUGGACCGGUGAAAAGAAAAAGAAUUUUAAUGUACAUUAAGAAAAUGAAAAUAGAUAUAGCUUUUAGCUGCAUUCCAUUUGAAAAAAUUACUUAUAAUUUAAGAGAUAAAUACAAAAUAUUUCUGAAAAUUUGGCACCCUUAUUUACAAAAGAUAGGAUUAAAUAUAUAGGUGCUCCAAAGAUAAAACUAUUGUUUAUUUGGGGAAAGAAAGAAAUAUAUAUAUUAAAGCUAUUAUGAACUCAGUGGAGCAUGUGGGGAUCUUCUGAUAUCCAGGCAAUCUUUCUUUUUUCUUUCUUUUUUUUUCUCUUUCUACAGGGAUAUGUUAGGGGGAAGGGUUGAUAAUUUUUUUUCCUUCUGUAACCAUUUGAAAAUUCGAUUUAAAAAAAGACCCAUAUCCGUAGGGAGGAUGAAAACCGUUUUUUUAAAUUUUGGAGGGGAUUCAUUCUUCAUCAGUAACUAAAAUUAGAGGGGUGUCUAUUUUUAUUAAUUUUGAAGUCUCUUUUAUACAUUUUAAUACUGUCACUGAUUCAAUUGGAAGAUACUUAAUUGUUACUGGUUUGUUAUGUGGUCAAAAGGUGGCUUUGGUGUGUGUGUACGCACCAAAUGUAGCUAGCCCUGAAUUUUUUAAGAGGUUAUUCUCUGCACUGCCGAUUUUAAAUGAAUAUAAGUUGAUUAUGGGCGGUGACUUUAACUGUUGUCUCAAUCCUUUGAUUGAUUGGCUCCCUAUAAGGCUGUGUCCUGUAUUAAUUCCUUUUUACUAGAAUACGGUUUGGUCGAUAUUUGGAAAUUUCUACAUCCUAAAGAUAAGGAUUUUUCUUUUUUCUCACAUGUACAUCAUAAAUAUUCAAGAAUUGGUUAUUUUCUCUUGGAUACGCGAUUGGUGCCUUUUGUUGCUGAUUGUGCAUAUGACGCUAUUGCGUUGUUGGAUUAUGCACCCACAAAACUAAUAAUGAAGUUUCCUGAUAAUAUACGGAAUGCAUCUCAGUGGAGAUUUAAUGCUACACUACUGCAUGAUUCAACAUUUGCUAUACAGAGGUACCUGGCAGGGUUGUCCUCUUAGCCCACUGUUAUUCAACCUGGCUUUAGAACCUCUUGCUAUUGCUCUUCUGGAGUCCAACAAGGUUCAAGGACAGCGGAGUCCUCUGAAUGACUACCACCGUUCCAAGGGAGUGCAGCUUCAGUUUGGAUUGAUUCGCAUAGAGGCCGUGCCUAUGUCCGAGGAAGAAUGUGCACAUCAAUGUACCAGUGAGCUUCAGUGCAGGUCCUUUAAUUAUGACUUGCAGAACAAGGAGUGCCAACUUCUGCCUUGGACCAGUCAUACUGCAGGCACAGAGCGAAGAAGACACAACCAUGUUGAUCUGUAUGAGAAGAAAGAUUAUAUGCGAGAAUGCAUUGUGAACAAAGGAGUCUCAUACAGGGGCACCGUCUCCAGGACCAAAAGUGGGAAACCUUGCCAACACUGGAGCUCCAAUGUCCCUCACGAGCACAGAAAUUCACCCAGUCAAUUCCCAGAGAAAGGCUUGGAUCUUAAUUACUGCCGCAACCCUGACAAUGAUUUGGCUGGCCCCUGGUGCUACACUAUGGACUGGAACACUCGACUGGAGGACUGUGGCAUCGCAAGAUGUGACCAGGAUGUUUGUGUGACGUGCAACGGUGAGGAUUAUGCUGGCUUCAUGGAUCACACAGCAAGUGGACGAGAGUGUCAGCGCUGGGAUCUCAAUUAUCCUCAUGAACACAAGUACCAGCCAGAGAAGUAUCCUGAAAAGAACUUGGAUGACAAUUACUGUCGGAAUCCCGAUGGCUCACCCUUACCCUGGUGUUAUACGACUGAUCCUGACGUGGAGCGUGAAUACUGCAACAUACGGAAGUGUAGUGAGACACACAAGCUGAAAGAUGUGGAGAUCACAAAAAGCUGUUUCAAACAUCAUGGAAUAGGAUACAGAGGGAGGGUGAACCAAACCACUUCAAGAACCCCCUGCCAGCGUUGGGAUGCACAAUUCCCACAUGCACAUGAAUUCACACCAGAAAAUUAUCGGUGCAAAGGGCUACAGGAGAAUUACUGUCGGAAUCCUGAUGGCUCAGAGGCCCCUUGGUGUUUCACAACUGAUCCCAGAGUCAGGACGGCAUUUUGUCUGCAGAUCAAACGCUGUGAGGAUGAUAUUGAACCUGAAGACUGCUAUAAUGGAAAUGGGACAACCUAUCGAGGAUUAGUCAAUAAAACAAGAAAGGGGAUUUCAUGUCAAAGGUGGACCUCAAAUAGACCUCACACCCCACGAGUCACUCCUCAGACACAUCCUAACGCUGGUCUUGAGAAAAACUACUGUCGAAAUCCUGAUGGGGACAGUCAUGGGCCUUGGUGUUACACUUUGGAUCCCAAAGUGCAGUGGGAUUACUGUGCCAUCAGUACUUGCAAAGGGAAUGAUAUCUCAGGACAGAGGGAAGAUCCAGAUUCAGUUGAAUUUGACUCAUGUGGUAAACGAGUUGACCGGAUAUUUCAGACAAAAAGUCGGAUUCUAAGAGGUCAACCUGGAAACUCUCCUUGGACUGUCAGUCUUCGCACCAGGGAAGGGAGCCAUUUUUGUGGUGGGACUCUUGUAAGCAGGAAUUGGAUCAUCAGCUCAAAGCAAUGUUUUCCCUCCUGUUACACUGAGUUCAGGGGCUAUACAGCCUGGAUGGGAACUAUCCUGAAAAAUCCUGGGCCUAAUGAUCCAGACAAACAAGUAAUUUCCAUACAGAGAGCUGUCUGUGGACCAAAAGGAUCUAAUUUGAUCAUGUUGGAGUUAGAAAGAGCAGCUGUCUUAAACAGCCGAGUUGCUGUGAUCUGUCUGCCCCCUCAACGGUACAUUAUUCCUGAAGGGACCCAAUGUGAGAUAGCAGGAUGGGGUGAGACACAAGGCACAGGCAAUGACGAUGUCCUAAAUAUCUUGAAAAUGCCAGUAAUCAGUAACAAGGAAUGCAAUAAGUACUACAGAGGGCGCGUGGCUGAGACAGAGAUCUGUGCUAGAACUGUUAUACGGGGAGCUGGAGCUUGUGAGCGUGAUUAUGGUGGGCCCCUUUCUUGCUUCACCAAUGACUGCUGGGUACUUGAAGGAGUCAUUAUUCCAGGCCGUGGGUGUGGUCGGCUAAGUCAUCCUGAUAUCUUUAUCAGAGUUUCAAUGUAUGUAAACUGGAUAAAAAAAGUCAUGGAGCUGUAAGGCUUUAGGUCAUGCUUACAAUGGAAGAUGCCAAAACCAGCAGCUGCGCUACCCAGCAUUCCAUCAAUGCAUUGUUAAUAACAAUAAUCAGCUUUAACUAUUUUGCAGUUAAAAACUAAAAUGCAGUUUGAUAGUUGAAUCUCAUCAUGUUCAGAAGAACUUGCUGUUCAAUAGAUCUAUUAUUUUGGAGGAGGUAUAAUUAAGUAAUGAAUCAAUUAAUUUAUGUGGGAUACUUGUUCAAUGAGAGAUUUUCAAUAUUUACUGCUUUGCAAGAACAAAUAUAAAGAUACAAAAACGCUAGGCAAUAGAAUCAUUACAGGUUAUUCAGCCCAUCAUUACUGACGUCAGGGUUUUUGUCAGUGUAGUUGCACUUUGUCUCUUUCCACGAUUCUUUUCUUGCUGUUCAUAUUUUUAAACUUUCAAGUACAUAUCCAGUUUUAUUUUGAAAGCCAUGAUUGAAUCUGCUUCCAUAUCCAUUCAAGCAGUGACUUGCUUCACCAAAAAGGAGGCACGAAGAAAAAGUUUUUUUUUACUAAGCAAUUGAAAUCUGUGCUGUUAGGUUAUCAACCCUUUGGCAAUAGGAAUACCACCCCUUCACUCUAUCUGAAACAUGCAUGAUAUUGAAUACAUCUGCAAAAUUAUAUCUUGAUCUUCCUUAGUCUAUGCAGACAUCACAAGCUUCUCCAGUCUAUCAUACCCAAAUAAUUCUAGUAAACCAUUUGUGCACCAUUUCAAUGGAUACUGCCCAGAAAUGAACACCAGUUUGUGGCUGAAUUGGUUUUAUAGUUUCUCCAACACAACUUCCUUGCUUUUGUUCUCUAUCUAUAACCCCAUGAUCCUGCAUGUUUUUCUGACUUUCUCAAAGUAUCCUGAAGACUUCAUUUAUUUUAUGCAUACAUAAUUUCAGAUGUUUAAUAAUGUGAGUCACACGAUGUUCUAGUUAUCCCUGGGAUUGCUCAUGACAGUUUUUAUGGUACAUUGUAAAAACUGCUAUUUUGGUACACAUCAUUAUUUGACAUUGUUGAUAUUUAAUCUUUCAUGUUGUUACAGUUUAACCAAAGUGUCUCAUGAUAUGUAUCCACAUAACAAAUACAGUGUUUCCUGGAUUAAUGUACCUUAUUUUGUUUGUUGCAUUUAAAAUUUAAUUGUUUAAUUUCCAAGCAUCUUUAAAACACUGAAGUAUUGUUAUUAAACCUAUUGCAGAUGAUGUACUGUAAUUGUAAUGAUGAAUUAUUUAAGUAUACCUUUUAUUUGCACACAUGAUAACCGUUAACAUACACUCAAAAAUAAAUAUUUAGUCAGUCCAUUUUGCAGCUACUUGGAUGUCCUGGAUCAACAUAAUCUGCUUUGUUUAUUGACUGGCACAGUGAAUAAAUAUUGGACUACACCAUGCUUGUUCAACAUGAAAUUCAUUAUUGCACAUCACUUUAACUGUUAUCUUCUUGUUCUGUUUUGAGAAAUAAAAUCCAACACCAAAAAUACCAACUUCUGAAAUGAUUUCAACAGAAUCCAUGCCAAACUUAUUUUAAGUGUACAGCACUGAACUUGGAGAAAAGCCCAUCUUCACUUUUUGUUCUGCUGUCAGGAAAGGGACUGGAUAAACACCAUGUAAUGUAAAUCAUAUCCCAGCAAAAGCAUCAGUUAGUGACUAACUGAAUCCACUCUUAUUAUAGAUUGCACUUGUCGUGGACCAUGAUACUGUAGCGCCUCAUUUCCUAGCGUAUCCGAACCGACUCACAAUUAGAUAGCCUACGGGGGUUUGCGAGCACAGAGCUUUGGAGCCUCUUCGCCAUGGGGGGCCGGUUGACAGAGGCUUAAAAGUGAGGCUGAAGUUUUCGAAUAAAGUUUUUCCUUCGACUGCAGUUACCGACUCCGUGUCGUAAUUUUAGCGCUGCUUGUAGCACACCGCUACAAUUGGUGACCCCGACGGUCCAAACGAUUUUUGGACCAGAAAUGACCGACGCCGCCUCUGUUCAUGCGGUUUCGUUGAAACUGCUGGGUUUCUGGAGACAGCGCCCGGACCUAUGGUUCCAGCAAGCCGAAGCCCAAUUCCACGUUCGCCGGAUCACCUCAGAAGACACCCGCUACUACUACGUGGUGGGCUCCCUCGACCAGGACACAGCUGCCCAGGUCGCGGAGUUCGUACAGUCGCCCCCGGCAGACGGCAAGUACACGGAAUUCAAAGCCCUGCUCCUCAGGACUUUCGGACUCUCACGGCGCGAGCGGGCUGCCCGUUUACUGCACCUGGAUGG